GAGGCUCCUUGCUGCUACUUAUGUCAUGAAAAUUGAUGAGGAGACUAUAGAUGAGAAGACCACUAUGCUAAAACUAAUAGCAAGGAAAGCAUAUACUUGGAGAGAUUAUGCCAGAGCUAAAGAUUUGUUCUACAUGCAAAUGAAAGUUGAAGCUGCUACAAUGGUUGUACAGCCAGUACAAAAAGCUAUUGCACUGCACAGCAUCGGUUUGUGUCAGAUACGUCUCUCACAGUUGGAUGAAGCUGAGGAAACAUUUACUGAAUCACUGAGAAUUGCUCAAUCUCUGAGACCAGAAGAGCAUCAAGGUUUACAGAUUUCAUCCAUCAAAAAUCUGCUUGGACUAGUUCGGAUGCUGAAGUACUUUAGAACGUUAGAUUAAGGUACAGACUUUCAAGUUAAUUUAAAAAAAAUUAAUUUAUUGUAGGUCCCAUCUCCCAUACGCGUAUUUUGCUUAGCUAGGUUGUAAUUAAUAUAUUGUAGACAGAAGGAGUGAGUAUCUCAGAAUCUAUUGGUCGGUAUAAAAAUCAGGAAACAGAUAAGUAUAUGGUGGAUCAGUACUAUAGUUUAGUGAUAUCUUGCCAUAGUUGAGGACACACUCACAACUUAACUCUCAACUCCAUAGUCCAUACUCAUUGUUAGUACACCUAACUCUAUUUAUAGUAAUUCAACAAUCGAUUGAAAUCAAUUUAGAAACUCCCGGAUAA